AUGUCGACCAAGGUCAUGACAACGACAGCCAGCACGGCCCUGGAGCUGGGCAAUCCGCGCAGCGAGCAGCAGCAGCGCACGACGAUCCAGCUCCGCGGCGCAGCGGCCCACGAAGAGUCCGACAGCGACCUGGACCCCAUCCUCGAGGCGUCCCGCGUCGCCGACAGCACCGUCCCCGACGGCGGCCACGGCUGGGUCGUCAUCGGCGCCUGCGCCGUCGUGUCCUUUUGGCUCACCGGCGUCAACUACAGCUGGGGCGUGAUGCAGUCGGCCCUCGUCGACCAAGGGCUCGGCUCGCCCUCGACGCUGUCCUUUGUCGGCUCCAUCCCCGCGACGCUCAUCAGCGUCAUGGCCAUGCUCAACGCGCGCAUCAUCCGCCGGAUCGGAACGCGCUGGACCGCCGUGGCGGGAAUCUCCAUCAUCUGCCUCGCGCAGAUCCUCAGCAGCUUCACCACCGAGAGCGUUCCGGGCCUGUACGUCACGGCCGGUGUCAUGCUGGGCGUCGGCAUGAGCCUCUGCUUCACGGUGUGCUCGGUCACGCCCGCGCAGUACUUUAAGCGCCGCCGCGGCCUUGCCAACGGCUUGGUCUUUGCCGGUGGGGGUCUCGGCGGCGCCAUCAUCACCAUUGUCGAGGGCAUCUUGAUCCAGCGCUUCGGCGUAGCAUGGGCUUACAGGGUCAUGGGUCUGGCGACGUUUGCUACCGGGCUGCCGGCUGCCUUCUUCAUCAAGGAACGCAGUGCUGUUGCGGUUGUCGGAACGAUUGAAUGGCGACUCUUUAGAGACGUUAGAUUCAGCCUCAUGUUUGUUGCUGGCGCCAUCGCCACGUUCCCGCUCCUCGUGCCCGCAUUCUUUCUGCCGCUGUACAGCAGCUCCCUCGGUCUGUCUGCUAGCACCGGUGCUGCCCUCCUCGCCGGCUUCAACUUUUCGUCCGCCGUAGGCCGCAUUCUGUGCGGUCUUCUCUCUGAUAAAGCUGGGCCAAUCAACACCAUGUUUGGGUGUCUACUGGUCAGUUCCCUGGGGAUGCUGGUGCUGUGGCCAACGUCGACCACUGUGGGACCGCUGGCUGUCUUCGCAGUCUUGAAUGGCGCUGCCAACGGUGGCUUCUUUUCCACCAUCCCGACUGUAGUGGGCAACGUCUUUGGCUCUGCGCGGGUCGUAGUUGCGUUGGGUAUGAUUGUCACCGGAUGGGCUGGAGGCUAUCUCAUGGGCGCCCCAAUCGCUGGUUAUAUUUUGGACGCGUAUGGCGGCCAGGCCGGUGGUCUUCAUGCCUAUCGCCCAGCGAUGUUCUAUGCCGGCUCCCUGGCGCUAGCUGCUGCCGUUCUGGUUGGCUUCAUCCGCUUCCGAAUGAACGUGCCUCUGCUGGGAAAAGCAUAA